GUGACUAAGUCCAAGACUUGUUGCCAAAACGGCGUCGCUUCGGCUCUGCGUCAUGCCAUGUCGCUGAAUGGCGGUCAAAUAUCGAGGACAGGUAUUGGUGCCGUUCUCAAAGCGGAGAGAGCGAGAGGCAGAAGAAGCCAUCAGGCAAAGUGAUGUUUGGGCAGAGGAUAUGCCAAUGGAGCUUAUCGACAGCAUGAAGGUCUGCUUUCAGCUGAAGCACAACGGCUUGAGGCUGAAGGAGAUGCCGAAAGUGGUCAGAGAGCAUCGACCCUUUGUAGAGGUGGCCUUGGAGGAGAAUGGCCUGGCCAUUGCAUUUGCCAGUGAAGACUUGCAGGCGGAUCGUGAACUCAUGGAGACGGCCUUGCGCAGAACGGGGGAAGCACUGGAGCUGCUGGAGGCCUUCCAGGCAGAUGAGGAGAUCGUUUUGUGGGCAGUGCAAACCUCCGGAACCUGCUUGCGCUUCGCAGCAGAAGAGCUGCGGAGGGAUCCCGAUCUUUGCCUCGAGGCAGUGCGACAGAAUUGGGAAGCAAUUGAGUAUUGCCACCCUACGCUGUACUCGGACUGGGACUUCAUGAAGCAGGCCAUUGGCUCCAGCUGGCGCUGCUUGUCAUUUGCGCAUCCAGAUCUUUGCAACGACAAGGAGGUGGUGCGAAUAGCACUGAGGCACCUGAAGAGCGAAAGAGCACUGAGGCAACACUGGCUAGCGAUGGCCCAAGCCUCGGCUGCCGUCCGGAAGCAGCGGGAUUUGGUGGAGGAAGCUUUACGGUGCGGUUCGUGGCAGGUGCUCCUCCAUGCGGAUGCAACCUUGCAAGACGAUCGAGACUUGCUGCGCUGGGCGCUGCAGCGUAGCGGCUUCGCUCUCAGCUGUGCUUCUGCACGGCUCCGUGAUGACGAAGAGCUGGUCUUCCAAGCCGUCCGCAGCCAGCCCUUGGCGCUAGAGCAUGCGUCGGAGCGCCUCAGGGAUCGGGAGGACCUAGUCUUCCCGGCUGUGCAAAUGGACCGUUGCGCUCUGGAACAUGCUACUGACCGACUCAGAGGAGACUUUGACUUUGUGAUGCGUUGCGUGCAAUGCAAUGGCAUGGUCUCAGAGUUUGCCUCGGAAGCUCUCCGAGCAAAUGAGGAAAUCAUGUCAGCCGCAGUCAAACAAGACUGGCGAGCAGUGAAUUUUGCACCGCCGGCAUUGCAGAGCCACUUGCAAAGCAAGCAGACGUAGAGCGAGAAAGCCACGUGUUUGCUGAGCGGAAGCUAUCGCUCCAAAAAACAGAUGUGAUUAGCAG